CUGUGGACAGUGACAGUGAGUUUAUGAUUAAAGGAAGUGGCCAUAAAAAGUUGUGUAUUUACUAUCCGACCGAGAGAAAUCCAUAAUGAAAGAUAGAUAGAGCGUGUUUUGAUGUGAUAAAACACAAGCAAAAACCGCCACUCAAAGGCGAAAGGAGCAGUAGGUUCGAGAUCAGCAUUUCUUCACCCUUUGAGAGUUGAGGCUGACAAACCAGCAGUCAUGACCGAGAAUUUCGACCGAGCUCCGGGGGCAGGGAGAAUCCGUAAUAUUCCAGCAGACACCGAGGUCGUGGGUGCACAGGCGGACGUUGACGACAAAACCAACUUCUUCAUCCAAAGGGAACCGCUGAGACAGCCGCGAACAGCCCCGCCCUUUGCUGACAACGUUAACUCAGUCAGCAACAUGGUUGAUGGAGACAGUAAAAGACAAAACAAACCCCUACAAAGUGCAAAUGCCAACAGUACGUCUGCCUUCAGAGAGUGCAAAGAAGUGAAUUUCUUGGUGAAGUCAUCAACGCUUUCAGCCAGUGCUCCAGAGUUUGUCCCCUCUGGAACAAACCUGUAUGAAUACCCCAACUCUGGUGAUGACAGUGAAAGUUACUACACUGAACCAACUUUAGCUGAUAUGGUCACAGACUUCCUUGACCACCUGAGCUCCUCACCAGGUUCCUUUGACUCGGAUAUUGAAUACAUAACUGGCAUGCUCAACUCCUGGGUUGUUUCUGAAGAGUUGUUGGAGGAGCUGGUCGAACUGAUCUUCACACAGUCCACCGCCAUUCCAAACUUCUCUUACACGGGUGCCAGACUCUGUAACUACCUGUCCCAUCACCUGACUUUUAGCUCACAGAGAGGCAACUUUCGUCAGCUGCUUCUGAAAAGAUGUCAAACAGAGUUUGAGAAGAGGGGUGUAGCUGUUCGAGGAGACCUGGAAACUCAGAAGAAGUUCCACUCCUUUGUGCUCUUUCUGGGAGAGCUGUACCUUAACCUGGAGAUAAAGAGUGGUAAAGGGCCUUCAAGUAGAGCACAUAUCCUCCUCGAUGCUCUGUAUGAACUGAUGAAGAGUCUGUUCUCCAGUCCCACGGAUGCAAACCUCAUCUGUGCUGUCAAACUGCUUAAGCUAACAGGCUCCGUCUUGGAUGAUGCGUGGAAAGAGAAGGGAAUAUCACACAUGGAAGAUUUGAUCCGAAGAAUAGAAAAUAUUCUACUGGAUGCCACCUGCAGCAGGGAUGUCAGACAGAUGCUUCUGAAGCUAGUCGAGCUGAGGUCCAGUGACUGGGGCAGAGUCCGUGCUGCUGCAGCAGCCAGUAACGCCACACCAGACAAUGACCCCAACUACUUCAUGAAUGAACCUACAUUCUACACAGAAGAUGGCACACCUUUCACAGCAGCAGACCCAGAAUAUGCAGAGAAAUACCAAGAGAUCCUGGACAGGCAGGACUAUUUCCAUGAUAGUUAUGGAGAAAAUGGAGAUGACUUAUACGAUUUUGAAGAUGAGAUGGAGCCGGAGAUCGAAGAAGCUUUUGAGAAUUUCUGUUUAGAAUCAGAGAGGAAACGACAGCAAUGACGCAAGAGUGAAAGUCGAAUACUCAUCAGGCACAUAUUGUACAUAUCUCAUUCAACUUGCUGGUACGUUCAAAAGCAAACCAGUCGAAGAGGAGUUUGAACUCAUUUUAAUGCAAACAAGCAUUUUAACAUAGACUUGUUCAUAGUUGCACUUUUUUCAGUCUGUUCAUUAGAAAAUGGGGACAAUCAAUGGGAUAGUUGUUUGAAAUGCUAAAGUAUUAAGACUGUUUGAUAUGGACGUUUUCUUUGCUGUUUUUAAUUCCUUACACCUAAACUAAACAGCAAGAGGGAAAUAGUGUGCUGUGAAUUUUUUUAGAGUUCCUUUCCAAAUGGCAAAUAAGUUUACUCUGUGUGCAUUGUUUGGUAGAUUCUGAAGAAUGCCCCAUGCAUAAGGCUCAGUAUAUGUAGCUUUAUUGUAACAAAACUCAAAUGCAAAAAGUACGUAUUGUUAUCCCUAAGAUGAAAGACUGUUUACCAGCAAUCCCUGGAAUCCAUAAAAUGGAAUGUUGUCACAGUUUGUAAAUAUUUAUAUUAUUGUUUGCUUGCAAUAAAUUCUUUAUAAGA